GCCGUGACGACGCGGCAGCGGGCUCCGUUGAUGUUUUUGUUGCUGGUGCGAGGAGCCGGGUGGCCGUUACUUACCGUGUGAAUGAAAACCCGGUCGCUGACCAGUCUCGCGCCUUCGGCAGAAACAAAGCGGUUGCUCUCACUGCAACCGAAUCCGGUAACGUAUUUCAAAAACAAAUCCUCCCAGCGCAAGGUUUCUCCGUAAUUACACACAAAAUCUUGUCAGGGCUGAAUGGAACCGGACGGAGCGUCGACGGAGGCCGGAGGUGAGAGCGAACCACCGGCGGCCGGGAAGGCGGCGAUCGCGGGAGCCGAGGGAGACCUGAGCGCUAUAGAAUCUUUGAAUAAGAAAUCAGGUUUGAGUGAGAUGCCCUCUUCUUCUGGAAAUACAUAUGCACCUGCAGGCAAAAAGCUGGGACACAGGGGAGUGGAUGCUUCUGGAGAAACUACAUACAAAAAGACAAGCUCAUCCACUCUCAAAGGAGCCAUUCAGCUGGGGAUUGGAUACACGGUAGGAAAUCUCAGCUCGAAGCCUGAAAGAGAUGUGCUGAUGCAAGAUUUCUAUGUGGUUGAAAGCAUAUUCUUUCCUAGUGAAGGUAGUAAUUUGACCCCAGCACAUCAUUUUCCUGACUUCAGAUUCAAAACAUAUGCUCCAGUAGCAUUUCGUUACUUUAGGGAACUCUUUGGCAUUCGACCAGAUGACUAUUUGUAUUCAUUGUGCAAUGAGCCCUUAAUUGAACUUUCCAAUCCGGGUGCCAGUGGAUCUCUCUUUUAUGUGACAAGUGAUGAUGAAUUUAUUAUAAAGACUGUGAUAAACAAAGAAGCAGAAUUUCUGCAAAAGUUGCUUCCAGGUUAUUACAUGAACCUGAAUCAGAACCCAAGGACACUCUUGCCAAAGUUUUAUGGACUCUACUGUGUUCAGUCUGGUGGCAAAAACAUUCGAGUGGCAGUGAUGAAUAAUGUGUUGCCUCGAGUAGUGAAGAUGCACCUAAAGUAUGAUUUAAAAGGAUCAACCUAUAAACGAAGGGCUUCAAAAAAGGAACGUGAGAAGUCCAAACCAACAUUUAAAGACUUGGACUUCAUGCAGGAUUUCUCAGAUGGAUUGUUACUAGACGCAGACACGAACUGUGCACUGAUUAAAACCCUGCAGAGAGAUUGUCUGGUGCUAGAGAGCUUUAAAAUCAUGGAUUACAGUUUGUUGUUAGGAGUUCACAAUUUGGACCAAGCAGAACGUGAGAGGCAGUUGGAGGGGUCACUAUGUACCUCUGACGAAAAACGACCCAUUGCACAGAAAGCACUCUAUUCCACAGCGAUGGAAUCUAUUCAAGGUGGAAGUUCACGGGGCGAAUCCAUUGACACAGAUGACACGAUGGGUGGUAUUCCAGCAGCGAAUGGGAAAGGAGAGAGGCUGCUCUUGUACAUUGGUAUCAUUGACAUUUUACAGUCUUACAGGUUGAUCAAGAAACUGGAGCAUACUUGGAAAGCACUUGUUCAUGAUGGUGACACUGUAUCAGUGCAUCGGCCAAGCUUCUAUGCUGAAAGGUUUUAUAAAUUUAUGAGCAACACUGUCUUCAGAAAGUCUUCAUCAUUGAAAUCAUCCCCAUCUAAGAGAGGACGAGCCUCUCUACCAGUUCCUAAAUAUGUCGGCCCAGGACAAGCCUUUUCAGCUAGUCAAAUUCCUACAGAAGAUGAAGAGAAGCGGUAUGACCUCCGGGGAGCUAGAAGCUUCCCAACUCUUGAAGAUGAAGGGUUUUUAGGCCGACCUGAUCUCCUUCCUUGUACCCCGCCUUCAUUUGAGGAAGCAACAACAGCUUCAAUAGCAACAACUCUGUCGUCAACAACAUCUUUAUCAAUGACCGAGCAGUCAGCAUCAGAAGGCUCAGAACAUCAUCACCGUUAUAGGAAAACUACACUUUCCUCAGUGCAGGAUAUUGGAUCCAAUGAUGAUGCGGCAGUGGAAGCCAGCUUGCAGCAGGUCAUGGUUGAAUUGGAAGCCAAGUCUGGAAUUGAGUCUGAAACUACAUUGGAGGAAGGAACAGAAGAGGAAGAAGAAAAAACGGAAGUUCCUUCAGCAUCUGCACGUACAAGUUCUACUAUCACUUUGGAAGCAGACACUGUGAGCCAAAUCUCGGAGGCAGCCAGCCAUGCGUCUGAGGAAGCAGAAGAUGACGAAGAUGAUGAGGAAGUUCCAGUAACAGACAUUUACUUUUAAAUCUAUGCAGAUCAUUUUUGAAGAAUAAAGAAGGAAGUUCUUCCAGAGGAACAACGUCAUCAGAAUGAUACAACAUCACUUAUUGCAGCUGGGUUCUGUGUUAUGACAUGCAGAAUGUGAAACUCAAGCAAAGGAAACAGCUGGAGCAGAGAUCAAUUUGGUAGAAUGGGAUCUACGAAUCUUCUGGGAGGGGGCAUGGUGGGAGUAGGGGCAGUGGUAUUUGUUUGAUAGUGUUAACAAUGUUUCUGCACAGCUCUGCUCACACAGCAACCAUAUCUUGUGGUUCUAUGUGGUCAUUGUCAGUGACGGAUCGCUGUUCUUUAGCCUAUGUCCUUCUGAGGUGUGGUUGAUUAGACACAUAUGAAUUGCAGAGUGCCACAAUCAACCUAUUAGUGAAUGUAUGUUAUGUUGUUAAUAUCCAAGACCGAUGUAUCAUUUCGUAAUGUUUCCAGUUGUGUGAUUCACUUGUAAGCAGUUAAGCUUAACUUUUUGUGCUGAGGUUAUUUUCCCUUUGGUAUUAAACAACCAUAGUUUUAUUUGCUUAAAAGAAAUAGGAAGCUAAGUUAUACAUAAACAAUGGUAGCUAUAAACAUGGAAGCACAAUGCAUAACUAAACAUGUCUCAGAUGAUAAAGGUAUGUUUCCUUAUCGACAAUUAACAUGUAGUUCUUAUCUAUUUUACUAAUUUUUCAUGGACUGUGGCAUUAGGGCAAGAAUCAUCAUGGGGUGGGGUCUGGAAGGUGAAUCAGUAUUGUCAUUUGAGUUAAAAAUUCACCAUGUAUUUAAACCAAUUUAUUUUUAAAGUUGUAUGUAUUUUUUUUUGAAAUUGUGAUUCUUUUUGACCAGGGAUUUAUUUCGUGUGCAGUGCAAAACUUCCCAAGGACUCAGACACUGUCUGAAUCAGCAGAUUAGAUGCAAAGUAAUGAUUCCUCAAUAUAAUUUAAGUACUUGUAUCAUGUACAGCAUAAGCUAUUUGUGUGGUAUAGUUUAUAUAAACUGCAAUAAUGCCACCUCAUCACCAAACUAAGGAACAAACCAACCUGUGAAAUGAACGUUUCCAAAGUAUAUGUACUAAUAGACUAUACUCUCCUAGAUGUGUUUCUAGUUCGGUCUCAAAAUUGCAAGUUACAAGUUCUUAUGUUUUGAAUUUUUAGAAAAUUAUAUGGCUAUAAUCCAAACAUUUAAUCUGUGCACUGUAUGAUAAAUUGCUAUAUAUGUAUAUAUGACAAAUUUUCCUUCAUUUAUAAACAUUGCAUUGAAGUGGCUAUAAAAUAGGCUGCUGCAAUAGUCAGACUAUCUCCUUAGUUUGCAAACUGCGCAUGUUUCUUUCCUAUUAUACUUUUUCAGAUAUUUAUAUUUAUUUUGUCAUGUGUAUUACAUUCCUAAUGCUGAUUCCAAAUUAGAUACAGAUAGGUAUGACUAACUGGCAUCUCUCAACUCAUCCGUCAUUUAAAAAAACCUACAUUACCUGUUUUUUGUUUAUUUUUUACUGCCAGUUCACCCUGCCACCUCCAACCUGUCAUUCUCCAAAAAAUGUAGGGAUGUCAGUAUCACUCUAUAAGCCCUGGGAAUUCAGUAGCAUUUAUAUGUAGUUCUUUUAAUCACUGGUUUGUUCUGCUUGAUAUUUGGACUGAAUGUAUGAAAUUGUCUAAUGUUAGCAAUGCUAUCUUACUGGUGUAAAUUCUGAUUUCUAGAUCUCUUGAUACAAGCAACUUAUGAGUGAAUGGAAUUAUUUUUUUAAUUGACUGAGGACUGUAGAACACAGCAAAUUGUUAAGAUUCAUGUAUUACUUGAAUAUGUGGAUUCCUGGAAUCUGAGGCUGGUAACUGGAAAUACACAAGCAUCAUGCUAUUGACCAAAAUAGCAGAAUUAGAGAAUUUUUUUAUGCUUUGAGUAAGUUAGCUCCCAGGUGGAUGGAAGAAGGGUUCCAGAGUUUUCUCAAAGCUUCCUUGAAAAAGGUAUAACACACCCACUGCCCACUAUCCUUGACCCUUGAUUGCAAGAUGGGGAAGGACCAUUCAUGAUGCUAUUGAGAAUCAUGAGUCUGAGUUGGGAGUAUGUACUAAAAGUCCAGAGUAGAAGAUAAAAGGAGCGCACACUUCUCUCACCACUCACUUGUGCCCUGUCAUGCAUCACUUGCCCUAUUUGUGGUAUAGUCUCUGUGUCCCACGUCAUCCACCUCAGAAUCAACAGAAUUGAAAUGGAAGCCAGUCAUCUUGGAUCCUGAGGGACUGCCUAUGAAGGGACUCCUGGAGUUGACCUUUCUGCACUACUGAACUCUUUCAAGAUCAAAAGAAGCAUCCAAGUUAUAGAUUUGAUUGUACCUCUUAGAAAGUUUAAUUUAAAGAGUAAGCUGCUACUGUUGUAUUUGCAUACCAAUUCAUACACAUGAAGCUUUGUGCAUUGCAGUGUUACAGAUUCCAUGGAAAGGAGAUUGAAUAUUUAUCACAAAGAUGUAUGUAAAAAUGCUAAAGUUGUAGCCCCAAACCAAUAGUCCUUAUUGGAAUAUAAAAUGGACUGUGCCAUCUAAUUCCAUAAAAAUUGGGUGAAACGUAUUUUAAUAUAUUUUGUGUUCAAGAUAGUGUUUGUCACCUAUUGUAAAAUUGUCGCCUUGGCUAUAACAUGGUAUUCUCAUAUUCAAUCAGAACCUUUUAUAAUUGGAGUCCAUUCCACAGUUAUAGCAUUCAAUGUAAUAUGGAAGGAGUGCUGCAAUGUCAGAGGUACAACUUUUUCAGAUAAGAUCUUUUGUCUUAUUUCAUGGACAUAAGAGGCCCUAUAGCUCUGUGAAGAGAAACUUCUGUUUCUCUCCUAGCUAAUGUUGUUCAACUUAUAAUACCAUAAGCGGAUUAAUAAUUGAGUCUCAUUGGUGCUUUUGAGAUCUUAUGUGAGGCAUCCCAUUGUAUUUGCUUAUACAGAAGUGAGCACAUUUUAAAAAGCAGGUUUUUCAGUUAAGAUAUACUUUGGGACAUUCAAGGAAAUGAUUCAUAGAAUUUAAUAGUUUAGAGAAAGGCUGGUUCACUCUAUUGUGCUAAUGUUAGAUCAUGGAAAGAAUAAAUUAAAAACUUAAGAGCAAAUUAUUAUUUCCUCAUAGGAAUGAUUUUUAUUUUCUUUUUCAACAAUGUAGCAAUUCCCUUUUUAAAAGAAACUAUUGAAUUUGCUUUCAGCACCCUUUUCUGUAAUCAAAGUCACCUUAAGUCAAGAUUUCUUUUAAAUCUCAUCUUGCUUUUAAGACUUUUCCAGUUACCUCACAUGGGUGACUCCAGGUUACUGAUCCACCUUACACUCAAUAUAGUUUCUCUAUCAACUCCAGGGUCUUAAAUACCUUUAUUAAAUUCCUCUGCUUUACCUUAAGGAAAACAAUAUUGACCCCUCUGAUUGCUCCAUUUAGUUGAUGUUCCUCACCCUGUAGAAGUGUAAGACUUGCAUUUGCUUCUGCUUGUUGCUGCGUCCAGAGUUAAAUUCAUUGGGAAGUGUACACCUUUUAAUUCGUAUCAUCUGUAUCAUUCUCACUGUUUCCAGUGCAUACUAUCUUUCAAUUUAUAUUGAAAAUAUAAAAUAGAAGAUAAUUCUUCUGAUACUCAGGUUGAAUAUACAGUAGUUUACUGGAUAUUUGUUUGGCAAUAAGAGUCUUAAUUAAUUAAUAAUUCAAGAUAAUCUAAACUAGAGAAGCCCAAUUGGUUUUUGACAGCUGUCUAAAUUGCACAUUAACUUAAUUUUUAAAGAUCACAGUGAGUUUUAUAUUGCUGGUUUGUAAGUUUAUUUGGUGAUUAUUUCAAUCUAUUUUUAUGCUAAUUGUUGCAUCCUGCUACAGCAUGCUCUGUGCCAUUGAUUUAUAUUGUUGACCACACUAAAGGAUUAACAACUAAUGGUAUUACCAAAAGUUUACUGAGUACUAUGUGAAUUACCAAACUCAUGCAGUCAGUAGCUGUUAGCAAAAAGGUAUUUUAUCAUUGAAGGCAUGAUGUUUAGCAAUAUUAUAAAUAAAACUUAGUUUUAAUACAAGAUAUUUAAACAUUUUCUAAUCCUAAAACAAAAAAAAAUAAUUACUUGUAUAAAUCUUAUAUGAAAAAGAAUACUUGAAUGUGUUUCUCUAUGUAUGUUUACUUAUUUUGUGGUUGCAGCUUGAAUUUCUUGUGCUAUACAUUUGUUUUUAAAAUUGAGGUCAUUUAUUUUGCUUAAAAGUUCUCUGGUGCUUAAGUCACUAGAUGCAAUGUGAGAAUCUAUUGAGAUAAGUCAUUGUUUACUCCAGCUUCAAAUUUGCUCAGCUUCUAUUAGUGCACUGAAUUUGGGAGCACCCUAACAAUGGAGGCUGAGGUAUAAUAUAUUGAUUCUGUACAGAUGACCAUUCAUACCAUUCAGAUAAAGGGGGUUGGAGAGGUAUAUGUUUGCAAUAUUUUCACUGAUGCAGUUUAUCUGCACCUUACCCUCCAUUUACUUGUAUUUAGUAUAUCAUUUAAAUGUAUUUUCACAUUUUAUAGAUGUUAAGUUAUCAUACAUGCCAUGUGUUUGGUUUAUAAGGACUUGGGAUUGAUUUGAUCCACAUGCUGUGAGCCCAUGAUAAAGAGUAAAUCUGUAUAAUGUGAAUUAACUGAUUUAAUGUGGAAUUAUCCAAUAGGUAAAAUUUGUUUAUUUAUUCAGUUAUUUAUUGAGCAAUUUCUCCACUUGGUGGAUGGAUAUGAAAUGUGUCCUUGCAAACCUUACUAAACUGAUUAAUAGACUGUAGCAGUUCGUAUGUUCUCAUGUUUUAUCCCAGCUAUGUACCUACUGUGCAAAUAUAUUGAAGAGUAUAAUAUGUAUCUGUACAUAAUUGACUUUUUUGCUAUUUUCAACAUUCAUUUCUUCUCAGACCAGCCAAAUCAAUGUCAAUUAAUGAUUGAAGCACAAUGUAUCUACAGUGUUUCUUUACUGCUUUUCAUCCGAAGUACGUGCACGUGAUUCUUAAUGAAAAUGAAUGAAUAUACCUUCCCAAAGUAAGUUAAUCUGUGUGAUUUACCUUUUCUGGCAGAAGUCUGGCGCUCUGACAUGCCAGGAUCACUUGUAUAUCCCCAAGUCAAAUGCUUUGUACAGGCUGUUUCCAGGGUACCCAACUGAUUGGCAUCCCCUACAUAUGAAUGAACUCCUGUCAAAUAUUUGAUGCAUGGACAUAGAUUCAUUCUUGUUUUUCGUAAUUGUUCUUUCUUAUCAGUCUUUCAUGAUUUUGACGGCAUACUUUAUAAUGCAGUGGAGAAUUAGUUACCAUAGUGAGGAAUAUUUAUGUAUUUUACAACCUUCUGGACCUCUGUUAAUAGCUUGUAUUUAAUCAAAUGAAAAUUGAUUUUCAUGGCUACAUUCAGUUUUGAAAUUACGUCUUUGCACCCAGAAAUGUGAUUAAGUUCUGAAAUGGGAUGGAGUUUUUGAAGUAUCAAGCAAUUUUGUCCCCACUUGUUACUAUAUAAAGUACAUUUUUCAUGAUACCAAAUGAGUCAAUGAAUUUAAGAAUCAAUUGUCUGAAAUUAUUUUUGAAUGCCUUAAUGAUGGGAGUAUUUUUUUUAAAGAGAAGUUAUAAAUGAUCCAAGUAGUUCUAAUCACCCUCCAGGUUGGAUGUCAAAGCUAUCCAAAGUUAGCCUUCAUGGAGCACUUUCAGCUAGCUUUAGUACUUGAUUUAGAAGAGAAGAUUAUCAGCCAGUGCUAUUUGUCCAUGAGUGACAGUUUGCAAUGUUGUCAGUUUAUGUUAUCAUACUCUGUAUUUCCGAUACGAUAUGGCCACUAAAGUUCAGUAUAAAGGCCAGUACAUUAUUGUUGAGCUAAAUACAGGUUGGCCUUGCUGAGUGCAUUAGGGGAUUUGAAUUGGAAUAGAAAGGUGGGAAAAAUUAAUUCAAUCAACAAAAAGAUGCAGCUGGAUUAAAAUCUCUCCUAUGCAGUGAAUAUAUUCAACAGAUCCUGAUGUUACUGUCAUUUACAAUUCUCAGCAUGUCAACACAUUGGUAGCUGAAAUACUAUCUGUUGUAACUUAAAACUGGAACAAGAACUGUUAUACUAAAAUUACCAUUUAUUAGGUCUUCCUAAUAUGGAUCAACAUGCCAUCGUCACAGUAUUGUCACAGACCUAAAAGCUGCAUACUUUUACAAACAAAAUCCUUUUACAUCAAAGAAAGUGGCAGAAACCUUGGGUAGUUUUAAUUCUGUUUGAGGACCAAUAGGUUAUGGAGCAUUAGUAUAUUUUGUAUUUAAUUAACAGUUGAGCUGAGAAUGCAAUUCUGCCUGCAUCCUGAGAUAAUUCGAAAUUGGAUUAUUACUUAACAGCUAUUGAGGAAUUGACUACUUGCAUGUUAAUAAAACUGCUUUUGUAAAGUUCCUGAUAUUUUCUUCUACGUGAAGUGAUUUUGAUUGUAGUUUUUAAGUUUGUAUUAAUAAUAGCUACCAUAGGUAGAGGGAAAUAAUAGUUGGGUAAACAAGUGUAGAAUUCAGGUUUUAAGGCUUUAAAAUAAUUAAUUAAAUGUUUUAAAUUCAUCUUUAGUCAUUAGAUUUCACCACCAAUUAUAAGAGUUAUCAGAGAUAAGAGGUAAUGUAAACAAGUCACUUAUCAGAAAUAGUUUCAAUUUGCAUGCCAGUGGCUCUCUCACCCUGUGAAAUUUGCAGUUGGGUGCUUUUUUUAACUGCUGCUCCAGAGACAUAACUGCAAAAGUGAUUUGGGUCAAUCCUCCAUUGCAACAGGGGAGGCACAGUGGUGCAGCUAGAAAUGCCCCAAAGUGCAAUCCUGAUCUUGGUUGUGGUCUAUAUGGAGUUUGCAUGUUCUCUGUGACUAAGUGGAUUUCUAUCUUGUUAUUGUUUCCUCCCAAAUCUUAAAGAUGUGCAGGUUGUUUUGUUAGUUAUACACAGUAAAUUGCCCUUGGUGUGUAGGAGAAUGGUAAAAUCUUGGUGGUUUGUUAGAAUGGCCUCUUUCCAUGAUUUAUCUCUCUAACUCAGACUGCAAAGCUGCUGAACUUUGGUUAAGUUGACUGUCCUUUGGAUGGAUCCUAAAGAUACAAAGGGUUUAAAAAUAUUAUUCUGACUGAUAUUUAUUCUUUAAUGAAUGUGUAAAAGAAUUUAUCUUUACUGUAAAAGAAUUUCAUUGCCAAUCACUAUGAGAGACUUUACUCUGUUAGGGAACAGAAAUAAAGGCACAGACCUUGGUAAACAGUUAACCUUUUAUUACGUGAUCAUGGGGAGCCAUUGUCUUAUGACUCCGACAAUGUCAGGUUACAUCUUAAAUUUAUGCAGUAAAAUUUGGGCAAUAGCCAACAGCUAAACAUACUUGAUCAGCGAUUCCAAAGGCACUUGUUAGGUAUUAGCAAGAUUACUAACGUUCCCGUGCAAUGCACAAAAAUAGAGACGUGCCUACAGUUAGUUCCUCGACUUGCUACUUGCUAGACAAUCUCAAAAAAAGAUUAACAAUAUCUCAUUACUGGCAUCGUCUAUGUUGGACUAUCGUUAGCUCACACAAGCAAGGCAGCAUCUGCCUCUGAUCCCAUCACCCUCAUGACCCAAAUCUUGAGCAAUAUCUAGCUAGUCAAGCUUGACAACAACAUUUAAUUCAAAAUUAUUGUAACUUAACAAUUUUCUUCCACAGUAUGUUAUAGGAAAACUAUCACAUUUAUGUUACAGUUGUGUGGAAAGUGGCAGUGGUUUCCUCCUUUGCAGCAGUAUUUAUACAUUAGUUACUUAAUUGGCCUUGGGUGCAUUGGGCCAUUAUGAAAGAGCAUGAAAAAAUGCAAUAUAAAUGGAAGCUCAUUUGUGCCCUUAUCAGGAAAUGGGAAGAGUAGAACAGAGGAUAUUAUAUAUUUAUCUGAUUAGUCUCUAUUGAAGGAGUCCCAGUUCAGUCUAUGUAAUUUGCCUCUACACAACUCUAGUUGUUGUUUGUGGGAACUUCCUGAAUAUGAAAAGGCUAUUUCACUUACACUCAUUCCAUUUAAACGUAAUUCAUUGUAUAUGAUCUACUAUGAGACAUGAAUUGUGGUAAAGUACUCGAUAAAUGAAUUUUAUCCACCCUUUUGAAAUGUUUUUAAAACAGUUUUGUCUAGAAUUUUUAAAUCCAGGAACACACAGCAUAUCAGAUAACAGUUUUGGAGGGAAAAGACAACAAGACUUCAGUGAAGAUCCUUCAUUGGAAAUAUUAAUCUGUCACUAUGUAUAUUUCAUAAUAGGCUGUGGUGAAUUUUGAGUAGAUUUUGUUAAAUAGUUUUUAACUCAUUUGAUACACAGGACCUAUUUUGGAUGAACUAUUAUCACAAAUGAUUUUCUAAGAUUGACUGUAAAUCCAUAAGAUGUUGAUCUGUAUGGUAUGGAGUUUUAGGAAUAGAGAGUUGGAUUUUUGUGAUGAAGGGAGAAGUAUAUAUGAAGAGAAAAUAAACCAUCUCUUUUUUGUCUUGUAGUUUCAAUAAACGUUGGUGCAAGAAAUAGUUACCGAUUUUAUAAGAUGGUCUUGCCUUAAGAGUCUACGUAAUAUAUCAAAUAAUCUGUAUUUCAUCAUUUAGUAUCUGCUGAGACUUAAAUAGAUAUUCUAUAAUUAGAUAAGUGCAUUGAAAAUCUCAGUAUUUUUACUUUUCAUAAUCAGUAUUGUUAUAAAAUAUUGCUGAAUAGUUGGUUUAAACAUGAAUUAAUUCUGGUUCUGUGACCAACUUGUUUCCCUCCUUGUUAAAUUUACAUUGUAGAAUCUCAAGCAUAUUCUUUUAGGGUGUGUUUCUUUAAUUGAAGAUUUGAACAAUAGUGGUGGCUUCUUGUAUUUUCAAGGAUUAAUAAAGAUAAGUCCACAUUUUAAUGGGCUGCAGUGAAGUCAAAAUGAGGAAAAACAUUUGAAUCCUUUAUAUCAGGGAUGUUCUGUUUGUUUUAAUCUACCUUGCCAUCACUGUUUUCACCUUGUCCUGAGUUUGUUUCCAACUUUUGAUGUGCACAAAAGGCUGCCAACAGUAGUUGACAUUGCUAUUAUUUGUACAUGAUUGCUGUUUCAGGAAUUGAUGGCAUUAAUGUAACAAUUUUUUUUAAAUGCCACAAAAGCUUCUGUGACAGUACACAACUAUAACCAGCCUACUGAGAUUAUAUGUACAGUACAUUAGUCUUAUUUUUCCUCCCUAUUCUAAAUAGAGGAGUUGUGCUCAAUCUCAGAGUAAUUUCAGUUUAUGUGUGUGCCUUUGCAUGCAAGGUGGUUUAGAAUAAAAGAGUAAACAGUAGCAUAAUUAGCAACAGUACCACUGCUUGUUAUUUUUUGGAAUGUUUUAAAAUAGGCUAUUUAUUCAGCUGAAUAGUUAGUACAUUUUCAGCAAACAUCAAAGUUGUCUCUAGGAGUACAUUAAAGUGUGACUUGUUUAUAAUUGAUUAAAAAAUGAAAAGUAUCCAAGAACAUUAUAUACUAUCUCCCAAACUCAGGCCGCAUCAAAUACUUUGAGCAAUUUAAUGUUGAUGGAUACAGGACCGUGGGAGUAGUUUGAGGCAUAAAAUUAGAAGUGUAAUGGUGUUUUAGAUUUAAAUAUAGUAUUUCCUACAGAAAAACUGUACCAAUUGACUAAAACAAGUGACAAAACCAUUCUGAUUAUUUCAUUGCAAUUCACUUAAGCAUUAAUCAUAUAUUUGCCUUUUAGAUUAGACGAGACUCCUCUUAUUGACCAGUGGUAACAAUGACUAAAAGAAGAUUGGGAGAAAAUUUGGUUGGGAAAGUUUUCACAACAGAAAUUGGAAUUGUUUUGAAUCUGGAAUGAUCUAGAAUAAAUAAAAGUUUCAUCAAAUAUCAUAAAUGUUUUAUACAAGAAAAUUUCUUUUAAUAGUGUACACAAAAUAACAUUCAAGAAGGUAAACCUUCCAUUCCUAAUGUUAGAUUUAAGGUUGUAGUUGUAAGACUUACUUUUCACUCCUCUUCAUGCAUUCUCCAUGUUCCUCCUGAGUUCAUCAUUGUUUUCUAUAUUCUAUCACAGGUAGUAGGAAUCUUGAUACAAGGAUUAGUGAUUCUAGACAUAGCCAAUUGUUUGCAGUAGUGUCUCUUUGGUCUUUGAAGUGCAUGGGAGAGGACAGGGAGAAGCUUGUGCAGAAGUCUUACUGCUCUCCAAUGUCAGGAUUACACAUCUGCCAGAAAAUAUAAUUUCUGUACAAUACUAAAAAAACAAAAUAGGACUACACGUGCAUCUGAUUAAGUAAUAUUAAGCAGUGUUACUGAGGUAAUUGUUUCAUUACUUGUGGUUUUAAUUAUAUCUUUAAUGCUCUAAGGAGUACGACAAAUAUGAUUUUCAUCCCUGGUAAUGUACUCAACUUGAGUUUCCAAACUCCUUUCGACUUCUAACUUAAUUCCUGGCUCCUUCAUUUCUACUCCUGAAUUGUUGAUCAUCUGCUCAGAGGUUUGAGUAUUGUAGAACAGUUUUAUUAUUGAAUUUUUGGCAGGGAUUACUAUAGGUUGGGACUUGUUGACAAAUUGCUGACGACUAGGGAAGACAAUAGAUUGCUGAACAGUAUAAACUAGUGUUUAUAUAUGCUGUGUUAACAUCACCAUUGGUAUAUGCAGGGCCUCCACAUUUGUCAUUGUACCCCUGGGUCAGUGAGUAUAACAUCAUUUGUGUUCUCUACUCCUGAUUUAUGUUUGGUAACUUCUAGAUCAGGACAACAUCUGUCUAAACAUUGUACCUUCCCAGUUCACAUAAGUAUUCUGAUAGUCACCAUAGAGUUGCUGUGAAACUAUCUCCUAUAUUAAUCAUUUCCAUUCAUGGUGACAAGAAAGUUGAGGGAAAAGCCCUAAUGGUUAUUGCUGUAAAUUUGGUAAUUAGCUUAGGUCUUUUAAUCCUUCCCAGUACUUCCAGAACUGGUUAAUCAGAUUUAAUUUUGCUAUGGCAUUUCCAGAAUUAUUGAAGAAGAAUAUCAGUGAGUGAAGGCACCAUAAGUGUCCUACAGCAUUUGCCAUCUUGCUUAUGAUGUAAUUACUGUCUGUCAGAGAUGCAAUAAAACAGCUAAACAUGUUUGCAUUUUGUCCAGAAUGAUUGCAUGCAUUGACGCUUUGCAAAGUGAAGCACUCUCACUUAUUUAUUGUAGCUGUAUGUAUAUCACUAGCAUGACAAAGCUGUGGUGGGAAUUGAAGUUUACUUCCAGGAAAUCUCACUAAUAAAUUUUGAGCUUUGUCAGCACUACAGCAAAAUUAUAGCAUUUGUAAAUUUAAAUUAUGGACUUUAAAUUUGCAGAGAGGCAGACUAGUAUAAAUAUCACAAUUUAUUUGACAGGAAAAUUAAAAUUGGGUAUCUGUGACAUGCUGUUAACUGUUUCUUAUUGUAUUGUUAUUAAAGCUUACAGGCCCAGGGCUCAACUAACUUCUGUAUAUACACAGAUUUUUGUAUAUACUACUUGUUAAUGACUGUACAUAAAAAGCCAUGGAAAUAUUUCCCCCUCUUUGAUGUAUUUCUACAUCAAAUACUGUUUGAUAUUGAUUAUUGUAUUAGUGCCUGUCAGCUGGCAAAUAGUUCACAAUCAUUUAAGUUAUAAGCUAUAUGCAAUGUGAACCUGCUUAUUAUUAUGUCUGAUCAAUGUCAUAUUUCAGUUAAUGAAUAUUCAGCUUAUGCGUUGAAGUAAUACUACUACUACUACAUAGGGAUAUUCUUUUGAAUUUUUGUCUUUAUUGACAUUUUGAAUCCUUACUGUUCAAUAAGCUCAAAGCAUUUUUCCCAACUCCAAGUUUGGCAAAUAUCUAGGCACUUAAACGAACUCAUUGUAUUAAAAUGGACAGUAUGUGUGACAAGUACAUAUUUUUAUUCCUGAUUUGAACAAUUAGGUUUGUGAAGUUGAGUGAAAUUUGUUGAUAGCUCUUUUGUUCUUGCUGCUGUUUUUUUUUCCCGUAUGAAAUAUCAACAUUAUAAUAAACACUACAUUGCUGACUGA